AUGCUUCGCCGUUCGCUGCGGUGUUGGAUGCUGCAGCUGCACUCCAUGCCCACCCCAAACCCAUUCUGUUAUCAAUUUCACAUUCCAUCGCAGACGUAUGAGAACUUUAUUCCAAACGGGCAGACAUGUGAAGUCUCGCAUCGUGGAUUGGCGUGGGUGCAUCCACUCAGCAAUGGAAUGUUUGAACAGUACGGCAAAGAAGUCGCCAGUUUAUUUAUUGCCCCACGACAUCUCUCUAUUACAGUCUAUCAACACAUAGAGUGGGAUAAAAUUGAAUGGAGUCUUAGUUCCUUUAUAGGCCAUUAUCUGGUGUUUAAUAAUACCUGUGUACCCCCUGCAGAGGAGUAUACACUUUUAGAAGAUGAUCUUAUCACACACGAAGAUGAUUCGGAAGUACUGCAGUGUAUUAAAGAAUUACUGCGAGAACAAGUCCGUCCAAUGGUGCAGCGAGAUGGUGGAGAUGUGAAAUUGCUGAACUUUAAUCCCGUCACUGGUGUUGUAUCACUUGCCAUGCUUGGCGCAUGCCGUACGUGUCCCUCUUCGCAAAAUACACUCAAGGAUGGAAUUGCGCGUGUCCUUAGACACUUCGUGCCGGAAGUAAAGGAUGUAGUGGAAGCAAAAGGACACGCAUUUUAUGAAAAGUAUGAAUUACUGUUUAAUUCAGAGGAAUCACUUCGUCGUGAGGCGGCACGAGUAGAUAAUGUACGUCGUCGAAAUAUGCAUACCAUGUUAACAUCAUCAUUAUUCUCAUAUGAGGCACUUCACGAACCUGAUGGUGAUGAAUGA